AUGUCUCGUUCAGUAUCUUCAAUUAAAUACAUUAAUGCAUCUGACCUACUUUUGUGGAUAAAACAAGGAAGUACUGUACCAAUACAAGAACCAUUUCAAGUUAUUGAUGUUAGAGGGUCCGAUCACAUCGGUGGUCAUAUCAUAAAUUCGUGGAACUAUCCAUACAAAAAAUUAAAAGAGUAUGAAUACGAUAAUAAUUCUGUGUAUUUAAAACAAUUAAAGACCAAUUUGCUAAAAAAAUUAAAAGAAUUCAAAGAGAAAGAACAGAAUCUAGGAGAUAACGUCAAUGACAUUAAAAUCAAUUGCGUUUUCCAUUGUGCAUUGAGCCAGCAACGGGGUCCUUCUUCUGCAAUGAUGUUUUUAAGAUCUUUGGGUGAUGCUGAUCUAGAUAAAUUUCGAAUUUUGAUUUUAAGGGGUGGCUUCAACAAUUGGCAGAGUGUAUAUGGGUUGGAUUCGAAUUUAACUCAAGAUUAUGAACCGAGUUUAUGGAAAUAA